AUGUUUUUUCUUAUUAGUUUUCUAUGGCUUUUACCAACUAGUUUUCUUUUCUUUUUUGCUAUUUUAUCUCCUAAUUGGAUAACAUUUACAAAAUUAGAAUCAAAUGAAGUCAUUCUUGUACAACGUGGAAUAUUUUCUAUAUGCUAUGUACUUUCAAGUAAUAGCACUUACGAAACAAAACAAUGUGUGCCCAUGAUACAACAGAGAACAUCAACUGAACCAGAAAGAUGGAUAUAUGGAUUGGCGUUGGGAUGUGCAUCAAUGGCUAUUAUUUGUGUUAUAUUUAGUAUUAUUAUGUUAUUUUUAUCAGGUAUUUAUUUUCAACUACGUCGACAUAAUGAAAAAAAAUUACGAUAUCUAUUAUUCAUGUGUCUUCUUCUUUUUAUUAUCGUUGGUGCUUCAUUGUCUGUAUGGGCCUUACUUAUAUCAGAAACAUAUAGACUUGGUAUUACAGCUAAUCAUCGUAGAUUUAAUUGGCCAAUAUGGUUAGCAAUUGUUUCAACGAUUGGUUAUUUAGUAUCAUUUAUAACAAUGUUUUCAUCAUUUUUAAUAAUAUAUCGACGUAAUAAUAAUAUGGAAUUGCAUGUACAUCGUCUUAGAGAAAAAUUUUAA